AGUGACCCACAAAAAGGAUCACAGCUAACAAUCUCUAAUUGGACCAAACCAAUUUCUAAUCUCUAUAUAUACUCCUACAUUGCAAGGCCACUUCCAAUCAAUUCCCUCUUCUUUUUCCUUUCAUAUCAUCUUCUUCCUUUUUCUCUGUUCUUACUUUGAGAAGAGGGAUUUGGUUCUCUGAUAAAGGCCAUGGCUAAGUUUGUUGCUCUUCUUCUCUUGGCCUUCAUUGCCAUUUCAAUGCUCCAAACUCUGGUUAUGGCAUCUAAUGGCCAUGGAGGUCACCACUAUAACGAUCAAAAGCGUUAUGGACCAGGAAGUCUUAAGAGCUCCCAAUGUCCUUCACAAUGCUCGAGAAGAUGCAGCAAGACACAGUACCACAAGCCAUGCAUGUUCUUUUGUCAGAAGUGUUGCAGAAAAUGCUUGUGUGUGCCUCCAGGGUAUUAUGGGAACAAAGCUGUUUGCCCUUGCUACAACAACUGGAAGACCAAGGAAGGAGGACCAAAAUGCCCUUGAAUUGUUCACUUCAUCUCUAAUUUACCCUUCCUAAGUUAAUCUUCCUUUUUAAUUAUGGGAUUAUUAUUAGUAUUGCUAUGGUGUUUAAUUAUGAAUGCUAUUAGUAGCUCUACUAACUAUAUAUUUAUAUAUAAAUUCUUAAUGUGUUUUUGUUUUGAAGAUGGGUUUUGUUUUGUUCUUUGAAUUCAAGCCACUCCUUGAGGUUGUCUCUAGAAUGAGAGUGGAUAAAAUAUUAUUGUAUUAUCAAUUAAUUGAUUUUCUCUUAAUCCCACGUGUAUGGAUGAUGUAAGAUCUGAAUCUCUAUCAGAAAAUUAACUAUUAAUUGCAAGUGCUUCUUUUUCUUUU